AUGAGCGAUUACGAACCCGUAGCGGGGCCUUCUUCGGCAUCUGACGCUUUACUCGAGGAACCAUCACACAUCGACGAAGACUUCUCUGACGACGGCGACUAUGUGAAGCGUCGACUAUACGUGUCUGAGAUUAUGUUCAUGUGGAAUCUGUCGGAUAUUGUGCGUGAACUUGGAACGAACGAGCAAUGUGUUCGAUAUAGUGAGGAUGAAGGGCUGGUCCUAAAGGAACGAAAGUGCGGCAAACAUAAAACUAAUAUAAAAAUUUCAUACUCAAGUGGCUGCAAAUCGCUUGGUACUUUCAUAUGUGCUAAAGCAUCCUGUAAGGGGAAAGCUGGAGGCAGUGGAGUUAAAAUCUCACGACGACAAGGGACUUUUUUUGAAAAUGUAACUCUUGAUAUGCCCCACAUAUAUUACCUCAUAUAUGCAUAUUCACAAGGAUGGUCUUAUAAUCAAACAAUCCAUGAAGACCCAUAUAAACGACAGAGACAACAAUGUUUAAGCCCAAAUACAAUAUGUGAUUGGUACAAUUACUGCAGAGAGGUAGUUGUUAUUUACUACCUCGAGAAACAGAAUCAGUUUACUGGAAAGAUUGGUGGCCCUGGUAAAAUUGUACAAAUUGAUGAGAGCAAAUUUGGAAAACGAAAAUACAAUAAAGGACGUCACAUCGAAGGCCACUGGGUGCUCGGUAUGAUAGAAGAUGGGUCUGAGGAUCUCAGACUAGAGGUGUGCCCGGACAAUAUUAGGUCUGCUGAGGAAGCUGCUUUGACAGCGGAGGCUGCUUUGACAGCGGAGGCUGCUUUGACAGCGGAGGCUGCUUUGACAGCGGAGGCUGCUUUGACAGCGGAUGCUGCUUUGACAGCGGAGGCUGCUUCGACAGCGGAGGAGGCUGCUUCGACAGCGGAGGCUGCUUUGACAGCGCAGGCUGCUUUGACAGCGGAGGCUGCCUUGACAGCGGAGGCUGUUUUGACAGCGGAGGCUGCUUUGCAGCGGAGCCUGCUUCGACAGCGGAGGUUGCUUCGACAGCGGAGGUUGCUUUGA